AAAACACUUCCGAAUUAAUAAUUUUCAUUCCAAUACCAAAUCUUCUCUUCUCUUCUCCCCACAGACGUCAUCACUGCCACUCUGGAUUUUCACAGCAGACGCCUAAAAGUUUUCACCUUUUUUGGGGUAGUAUUUUGUUGAAAAGGGUGUUCUGUUCCCAUUGCUGUAAAAUACCAUAUAAAAGAGGGAGCAGAAGAUUCAGAUUCUGGGAAAAGAUUCAGAAGAAUCGAAGAGUCUCUUUUCUCAGUCCAACAUACAUAUCCAUCCCACCUACCUUCUACAAAGAGGGAGCUGGUUGAACAGAGGCAAUCAUGGGAAGCCAUGAUGUAAAUGGACCCCCACCAAAGCUUGAGGGGAAGUAUGCUGCAAUGGUGGUGUGCUGGCUUCUGGGAAAUGGAUGCCUCUUUUCAUGGAACAGUAUGCUUACAAUAGAAGAUUACUAUGUUGACUUGUUCCCGCGAUACCAUCCCGCAAGGGUCCUCACUCUGGUGUACCAGCCAUUUGCGCUUGGAACAAUUAUAAUCUUGUCGUAUCAUGAAGCGAAGAUGAAUACUAGGAAAAGAAACCUAUUUGGAUAUGUUCUAUUUUUCAUAACUUCUCUAUUGGUGCUAGUUUUGGAUUUAGCUACAUCUGGGAGAGGAGGCCUUGGAACUUUUAUUGGAAUUUGUGCCAUUAGUGCUGCCUUUGGAAUUGCAGAUGCUCAUGUGCAAGGAGGAAUGGUUGGAGACCUCUCUUUCAUGUCAGGAGAACUCAUCCAAUCUUUCCUUGCUGGUUUGGCUGCAUCAGGAGCCCUAACCUCUGCUUUGAGGUUAAUUACAAAGGCAGCAUUUGAGAAUUCCCAUAAUGGUCUUCGGAAGGGAGCUAUUUUGUUCUUUGCAAUCUCUUCGAUCUUUGAGCUUCUCUGCGUGAUUCUUUAUGCUUUUGCCUUUCCGAAGCUACCAAUUGUUAAGUACUAUCGCUCAAAGGCCGCUUCAGAAGGAUCAAAAACUGUUUCUGCUGACCUUGCUGCUGGUGGCAUCCAAACAUUGCCUGAAGCAGAUGAGGAAGAGCAGAGAGAUCUAGAGCGGCUGGGGAACAAACAAUUGCUGCUUCAAAACAUUGAUUAUGCACUCGAUAUGUUUCUAAUCUAUGCCCUCACUUUGUCAAUUUUCCCUGGAUUCUUAUUCGAAGACACUGGAUCACACAGCUUGGGUGCAUGGUAUGCACUGGUUUUGAUUGCAAUGUACAAUGUGUCCGAUUUGAUUGGGAGAUACAUUCCGCUGGUGAAAUUCCUCAAGUUGGAAAAUCGUAGAGGGCUCAUGGUUGUGAUUCUUUCUCGUUUCUUGCUCGUCCCGGCAUUCUAUUUCACUGCCAAGUAUGGUGACCAAGGCUGGAUGAUAAUGCUUACAUCCUUCUUGGGUUUAUCUAAUGGUUACCUCACAGUCUGUGUGCUUACUUCAGCACCCAAAGGUUACAAGGGGCCAGAGCAAAAUGCUUUAGGAAACUUGCUGGUUGUGUUCCUGCUGGUAGGUAUAUUUGCAGGUGUUACACUUGAUUGGUUGUGGCUUAUAGGCAAGGGCUGGUAAAAAUUUGAUUUAACUGACUUGAAGGUUGUUCCAAUUUGUCACAGUAAGACUGGAUUCUGUUUUUUGGUGAUUCAUUAUUAAAUGGUACAAGUAAAUAUUUGGUUUUUCAGUAUUUUUUUAUUUUAUUUCACAAGAACAUUU